GUUGGCUGUAAUAAGGCACAGUCAAGUCCAACUCUCAAGACAAGACACUCACAAUGAACGGUUUGAUCAUCGCACUUGCUACCCUCUCCGUUGCCUAUGCCGCUCCUGGCGGUUUAGUGCUUGGAGGACACGGUUUGGGACUCGGCCUUGGCGGUCUUGGUCUUGGACAUGGAGUCGCUCUUGCCGGACCAAUCGGUCAUGGUGCCGUUCUUGCCGGACCUGUAGCUCACGGAGUCUCCGUUGUUGGACCCGCCACUCACGGAGCUGCCGUUGUAGGACCAGUUGCUGGAGGUGCUACCGUAGUAGGACCCACCGCCGGACACUCUGCUGUUAUUGGAGCUUCCGCCCAUGGCGCUGCUGUUGUAGGACCAGCUUUGGGAUUAGGACAUGGUCUUGGCUUGGGAGUAGGAGCUGUCGGUCUUGGUGGAUUAGCCCACGGUGUCUCUGUUGUCGGACCACCCACUGUCCCAGCCACCAUUGCUGGACCAUCUGGAGCCAUCCACGCUGACGGACUCUGGGGACCCACCCUUGCUCAUGGUCAUGGUGGUCAUGGUCAUUGGUAAACACCAAACCAACCCCCUUUAUCUUUUAAGCUUACCAUUCACUAAAUAUUCUUGAGAUAGUUACCAUUGGAAAACUUUUGUGGAUAGUCAACUGUAACUACAAUUAUUUUCCUUUGGAAACAUGUAUUUCAAGAAAUUUUUAGUGAGAUGGGCUACUGAUUCUUUCUGCUGUGUGACCUCUGUACUGCCUCAUGAUAUUUCUUAUGCAUAAUGUAUAUCUUGUACCAUAAUAUUUAUAAGCCAGCAUUUGCGUUCAAUAAAGAACUUUCAUUGUUAAAUACAUUUGUUUGAUCUUCCCUUCAAAAAUAAUCAGGUUUAGGAAUACUUGUCUACAAGCUUCUAGAUUCUAAUAUCUUUGAACAUCUUAACUAGCUGUUAAUGACGGUUAUUCAAAUAAUGGAAACAUGAUUAAGAUUUGAAUGUGUUGGUUGUUUUUUGAAUUCAGAUUAGGGCCAAUUUUUGUAGAUACCUGGAUCAAUUUUAAAAAAAAAAUCACAUCUACAAUCUUUCAACAUUCCCACCUUUCCCAGAGCCUCAAAAUUAUUCAAAGUCAACUUGAGAAAAAAUAAAUAAAUUUUGAUUUUGUGUUUCUGUUGCCGAAAAUCUGGUUUGAAGAACUAAAUCAUGAAAUAUUGGACAAGAGUUAGGUGAUAGGAGAUUUUUUAUUUAAACAUUCUCGUAGAACUUGUUAUUUUCUAGUACAUAUUUUUAAAAAGGCACCUAAACCAAAUGUGUUA